AUGGGGAAGAGAAAGCUGCUGCGGUUUGUCGUCAUCAGCUGCCUCGUUACCAGCUUCACCAUCUUCCUUUGGCCCCGUCUAGAAUCCCCGCGCGUGACCACAGAAACCGUCUCCAACAUUACCAUCACAUCCGACGUUGGCUGCGAACCGGACUAUGAAGCUCUCCGCCGCUUAAAUGUCCAGAAACUGACCCAAUACGUGCGACGCGAAGUAGUCGCCUCUGAAUCCCCCAGCAAUAUCUUGCCCCUGUCACAACAUCUCCAAGUUCCCUUAUUUCCGCAAAAGUCCCAUGGCGACCAACUUCAUCUACCGGAGGAGCUCAUGCAUGAGGACUGCUUAAUACCACACCCGGUGGCGCUCCAAGUCCCGACACCCCCCAGACAUGCGGAUGCAUCCCACAUCGACUUUGGUGUCGCUACAGCAAUAGAACGGCUGAAUGACUCCUUGGACGCGUUUUCUCAUUGGGCGGGUUACACCAAUGCUCACAUCUUUGCCUUGGUUGAGCCCGAUGAGAGGGCACACGAGGUGUUGCUAAAGGCCGAUGCGCUUGGAAUAAAUCUCUCAAUAUCGGAGUCGAGUGAAGAGUACCAACGCCGAUACUUUUCGCUGGUCCCUCAUCUGGCCAAGAAUAUGCGUCCUGAAACAAGAUGGUCGUGCGUCAUGGACGACGAUACUUUCUUCCUCUCGAUGCCAGAGCUCGUGAAAGGGCUUAAGGAGUAUGAUGAUACGAAACCUAUGUAUGUCGGUGGGCUGUCUGAAAGCAUCCCACAGGUCGGAGUUUUCGGGUUGAUGGGAUUCGGAGGCGCUGGCGUCUUCUUGUCCCGGCCUCUGAUCCAAGAAUUGAGCCGGCCGGAAGUAUUCGAGGACUGCCAGAGAAUGGAUGUAACCGGCGACCGCAGAAUUUCCCUUUGCAUCUACCAGUACACCGAUGUUCGUUUAACCAUCGACCACCGCCUGCACCAGCUUGAUAUGAUGGGCGAUGUGUCCGGGUUUUUCGAGGCGGAACGACAACCGCCGCUGUCAGUGCAUCACUGGAAGUCUUGGUUCCACGCAGACAUGGCCAAAGCCAGCGCUGUUACCGAAAUUUGCGGUGAUUCAUGUCUCCUGCGGAAAUGGCACUUUGGAGACGGCUGGAUACUCACCAACGGCUUCUCGGUGGUGAAGUAUAGCAGCGAGAAAAAGCCAGGCGACAGAAGCAUGGAGCUCACGUGGGACAGCCACAACGGUGCAGUUUUCGAGUCAUACCUGCAUGAGCUGGGUCCUCUCCGCUUAAAGGACGAGGGGAAGAUCAGCUACCUGCAUGAGGACGCCAUCAUUGACGGAAACCGCGUCCGUCAAUGGUUCUAUCUCAUGUCCACCCCCCCCGACUUGCUCACUCAUAUAUGA